AAGCUAAUCUGCUAGGGACUUGUGACAAACAAGUUUUAAGACUUCGUUUAAAAUGUAACGUUACUGGUAAUACUUAACUUUAGGUUUAUCGUAAACACAUUUAAAUAGUCAUUUUUUGGGGGAGCGUUACCUCCAUUUAAUAUAAGCCUUACACUAGUCAGCGCGUAAUGUUAUACAUGUUAAAAGUAUUAAAACUUCUCCUCUAGGACUGCGCAGGACUACAUUAUUGUUCCUCUAAUGAUUUAUUCGCUAGUUUAGUGCGUUACAGCUUUAUUUUAGUUCCCAUUGUCGCUUGCUAACAUUAAUCAUUCAAAUGCGUGACAAUAAAACAAUUGAUUUCUUAUUUUCAUAGCUUUAGACUUUAUUUGACCCAUAACAGACGCAGUUAUGUUCAGUUCUGCCGUAAAGUGUUCAGCAGUAGAAGACGAUCAGCUAAAGUUCAUCUCAAAUCAUUAUUAGAUAAACACUCGGGGAGUCGAGUCAUGUCCGCGGAUCACUCAGCGACUCUAGCCGGGAGUCACGGCCUCCUCCGCGGCCAGCGCACCCGCUCGUACGGCAGCCUGGUGUCCUCUUCACAAUCACCCGUCAGACAAAGGCGAAUUGAACACAUAGUUCAGCCCGGUGAAACUCUGCAAGGACUGUCACUGAAGUAUGGCGUAUCUAUGGAGCAAAUCAAAAGGGCAAACAGACUGUACACAAAUGAAUCAAUAUUCCUGAAGGAGUCCCUCUUCAUCCCUGUGCUGACGGAGUCUGUGUCUUUCACAAAUGGAGUGGAAUUGACCGAGGAGAAGACAAGUCCAGCACAAACACACACACUGAUUUCUAAUGAGACUUCCAAAAGCCAAACAGACUCUAGCAAAUGUGAAGCGAAUGCUGAUCUGUCACCGGUUGAGUACCUGAAAAAGAUAGACAGCUUGAUCAAUCAGUCCAAGCAAGCUGCUGUGAAGACCUGCCAGGAAGGAGAGAAACAGUUCUCUUCUAUAGAGCAUCUUCAGCACACUAGUCUGACCUCCAGCACAGCAACAUCCCAGCAGGCCAUAUUGGGUGCUGUUCCUGUUACCAUCACCAAACGCACCAGGAAUUUGAGGGAUAGAGAAGAUGAAAUCUUCCAGCUCUGAUGUAGGCAUUUGCUAGGGCUCUUCUGACUUAUUUUUGUGUUAUUUGUAUAAAUACACUGUUUAAGAAGCCUCCCUCUUCUGCAGUCACCUCUUUACAAUGUGGAGAGUGCUGAAGGGAUUUGCAAUAGUGGUGUUUUCCAAACUACUGCCAGCAAGACAAGCACAUAUAUUAGCACUGCAAUAACACUGUAGCCCGAUGCCUAAAAAUAUCAUGAAUAUCAGUAUCUCUUAAAAGCUCAACCAAAGUAAUGACUGUUUUCUGUUUGCAUAAAAGUGCUAACCAGGAAUGUAGCUUGAGAAAUAGUGGUACUUCUAGAUAAUAUUUAAUAUACCUCACACAUACUCGAUAGAAAUGCUUCAGUUUUCAGGAAAUUGAAGGAGUGUAUGCUUUAGGAAUGUGCCAUUGGGAAUCGAUCAGAUGUGAGCACAAUGCAUAGUUUUGCACUGCAGUCAUCUUGGUUUUGUGAUGUUUACAAUGUGCUAAAGUGUCUAAUACCAUUUGUGGUUACCAAAUCAUGAUAAAGGCUUUGAUUUAUGAUUUUUGAUUGUGUUUUUCAUCAGUGAUUUGUGAACUUGAGACUUAUGCCACAGUUAAUUAUCGUGCUUUGAAACUCUCAGGUCAAAUGCUAAAAACUUAACUUCAGUAUGAAGUCUUGUGUGAUUAUUCAGUGGUAAAGAACAGAUGAUUUAAGCAGUGUGUAACGUAAUCAUGCAUUGUGUUCAUGCAGUUAAUUUCACAAUUGAAUUGUGCCAGCAUUACAUCAAUUGUGCACUUUUAAUCGGAAACAUUUUUAUAAUUUAAUUUCACAUUUAUACAAAGGGGGUGAAUUGUGAAUAUGAAUGUCUUCAACGAAAAAUAAAAUAUAGUAAUGUUGCUAUGGUAAACA